AUGUCUUUGCAGUACAAUUUCAGCGGUAAAGUAGUGCUGAUCACGGGCUCGAGUUCGGGUAUCGGUGCCGUCACUGCCGUACAGUUCUCCAGAGCCGGCGCUCAUGUUGUGGUCACCGGUAGACGAGCCGAUAGAGUGUCAGAAGUGGCCAAAGAGUGUCUCAAAGUAUCGCCGAAACAGUGGACAGCACUGGAAGUGGUGGCGGAUGUGACCAAACCGGAGGACUUGCGACGACUUGUGGACACAACUAUCGCAUACUUCGGGAAACUCAAUGUUUUGGUGAACAAUGCCGGCGCCGGUAUUGUGGCUAAAAUUGGCGAAAAGGAUUUCUACGAGAAUUAUUUGAAAUUAACUUGGUGGUCACCAUAUUGUAUGUCUAAGGCCGCGAUGGAUAUGUUCACGAAAUCUAUUGCCGCAGAGUUAGGACCCAAACGUAUCCGCGUUAAUGGCAUCAAGUAAUAUAUAAUUUGAAUGACGUUUA